GGCGCGAGGUUGCAGCGGCGAAGCGGGAGCCGAAGUCUGGAGCAGGGGAGGCUGCCGAAUCGCAGCCUGCGGGGCCCGCCGCAGCCAUGGGCAACCGCGGCAUGGAGGACCUUAUUCCGCUGGUCAAUCGACUGCAGGACGCUUUCUCUGCCAUCGGCCAGAACGCAGACCUCGACCUGCCUCAGAUCGCCGUGGUGGGCGGCCAAAGCGCUGGCAAGAGCUCGGUGCUCGAGAAUUUCGUAGGCAGGGACUUUCUGCCUCGAGGAUCUGGCAUUGUCACCCGCCGCCCCCUGGUCCUGCAGCUGGUCAAUGCUACCACAGAAUAUGCUGAGUUCCUGCACUGCAAGGGUAAAAAGUUCACCGACUUCGAGGAGGUGCGCUUGGAGAUCGAGGCUGAGACGGAUCGGGUCACUGGAACCAACAAGGGCAUCUCACCAGUGCCCAUCAACCUCCGCGUCUAUUCGCCGCACGUGCUGAACCUGACCCUGGUGGACUUGCCCGGAAUGACCAAGGUCCCAGUGGGGGACCAGCCUGCCGACAUCGAGUUCCAGAUCCGGGACAUGCUUAUGCAGUUCGUCACCAAAGAGAACUGCCUCAUCCUGGCUGUGUCGCCCGCCAACUCUGACCUGGCCAACUCUGAUGCCCUCAAAAUUGCCAAAGAGGUGGACCCUCAGGGUCAGCGCACCAUUGGGGUCAUCACCAAGCUGGACCUGAUGGAUGAGGGCACAGAUGCCCGUGACGUGCUGGAGAAUAAGCUGCUUCCUCUGCGCAGAGGCUACAUUGGGGUGGUGAACCGGAGCCAGAAGGACAUCGAUGGCAAGAAGGACAUCACAGCCGCCUUGGCUGCUGAGCGCAAGUUCUUCCUGUCCCACCCAUCCUACCGCCACUUAGCUGACCGCAUGGGCACACCCUACCUGCAGAAGGUCCUUAACCAGCAACUGACAAACCACAUCCGGGACACGCUGCCAGGUCUGCGGAACAAGCUACAGAGCCAGCUGCUGUCCAUCGAGAAGGAGGUGGAUGAAUACAAGAACUUCCGCCCUGAUGACCCAGCACGCAAGACCAAGGCACUGCUGCAGAUGGUCCAGCAGUUUGCUGUGGACUUUGAGAAGCGAAUCGAGGGCUCAGGAGACCAGAUUGACACCUAUGAACUGUCAGGGGGAGCCCGCAUCAACCGGAUCUUCCACGAGCGCUUCCCCUUUGAGCUGGUCAAGAUGGAGUUUGAUGAGAAGGAACUCCGAAGGGAGAUCAGCUAUGCCAUCAAGAAUAUCCAUGGCAUUAGGACGGGCCUCUUCACACCUGACCUCGCUUUUGAAGCCACAGUGAAAAAGCAGGUGCAGAAGCUCAAAGAGCCCAGUAUCAAGUGUGUGGAUAUGGUAGUCAGUGAGCUCACAGCCACCAUCAGAAAGUGUAGCGAAAAGCUCCAGCAAUACCCACGGCUGCGUGAGGAGAUGGAGCGCAUUGUGACCACACACAUCCGGGAGCGUGAGGGUCGAACCAAGGAGCAGGUCAUGCUCCUCAUUGAUAUUGAGCUGGCUUACAUGAACACCAACCAUGAGGACUUCAUAGGCUUUGCCAAUGCUCAGCAGAGGAGCAACCAGAUGAACAAGAAGAAGGCUUCAGGGAACCAGGAUGAGAUUUUGGUCAUCCGGAAGGGCUGGCUGACCAUCAACAAUAUUGGCAUCAUGAAGGGUGGCUCCAAGGAGUACUGGUUUGUGCUGACUGCUGAGAAUCUGUCCUGGUACAAGGAUGAUGAGGAGAAAGAGAAGAAAUACAUGCUGUCUGUGGACAACCUGAAGCUGCGGGACGUGGAGAAGGGCUUCAUGUCGAGCAAGCAUAUCUUUGCCCUCUUUAACACGGAACAGAGGAAUGUGUACAAGGAUUACCGGCAGCUGGAAUUGGCCUGUGAGACCCAGGAGGAAGUGGACAGCUGGAAGGCCUCCUUCCUGAGGGCUGGCGUGUACCCUGAACGUGUUGGGGACAAGGAGAAAGCCAGUGAGACUGAAGAGAAUGGCUCGGACAGCUUCAUGCACUCCAUGGACCCACAGCUGGAGCGGCAGGUGGAGACCAUCCGGAACCUGGUGGACUCAUACAUGGCCAUCGUCAACAAGACUGUGCGGGACCUCAUGCCUAAGACCAUCAUGCACCUCAUGAUCAACAACACCAAGGAGUUCAUCUUCUCGGAGCUACUGGCCAACCUGUACUCGUGCGGGGACCAGAACACUCUGAUGGAGGAGUCAGCCGAGCAGGCGCAGCGCCGCGACGAGAUGCUGCGCAUGUACCACGCGUUGAAGGAGGCGCUGAGCAUCAUCGGCGACAUCAACACGACCACCGUCAGCACGCCCAUGCCCCCGCCUGUGGACGACUCGUGGCUGCAGGUGCAGAGCGUACCGACCGGACGCAGGUCGCCCACGUCCAGCCCCACGCCACAGCGCCGAGCCCCCGCCGUGCCCCCAGCCCGGCCAGGAUCGCGGGGCCCUGCUCCUGGGCCUCCGCCUGCUGGGUCCGCCCUGGGGGGGGCGCCCCCCGUGCCCUCCAGGCCGGGGGCUUCCCCUGAUCCCUUCGGUCCUCCCCCCCAGGUGCCCUCGCGCCCCAACCGCGCCCCUCCCGGGGUUCCCAGAAUCACUAUCAGUGACCCCUGAGGAGCGUCAGCCACGGAAGGGCCCAGCUUCACCUACGCGACCGGCAGUCCCCCGACCAGCUG